CUUAUUCUUUUAAAAUAGUAUUGAAUUUAUAUUAAUAUCAUUUGAAAAAUAUGCGCAUAGUCAAAAGAGUUUGCUGAAUGUGUUUGGAAAUGUUAAAAUGUUUAAGAAUAUUCAUUAUUUACUCAUUAAAAGAAUGCUCUUAAUAUUAUUUUGAAAAAUUAAAAUGAUCAUUUAUAUUUAUUGUGCAAAUGCAAUUAUUUAUUAGCUUAUAUAUAAUAUAUGUAUAAUAUAUAUGUGUGUAUGUAUAAUUUUAGCAAACUUCUAAUCUCAACGUGUUUAUACAAGAUCAGAGAAACUGGUACAUUUGAUAUAGUAACAUAGUAUAACAACAGGAAACAUUCAUAACACUAAUGAUGUAAAAAAAAAUAAAAAACACCCACAGUGAUUAGGGAUCUAGGGAAUCAACGCAUUCGUGUGUGAAUGAGUAGUAGAUAUGGUGGAUUUUGCAUUAACUAAAAAUGUUUAAUUAUGAGGUCAGUGAUGAAGUGCUGUGGCUUUAAAUGAGAACGUUGAGCCAAGAGAAUGGGCAGAAAAGUCGACAGGUGCAGUUCCUGGUUCAGGGAGCUACAGUCAUCACACCCAGUUUCCAUUCAGUUGCAGUUCGUGUUUUGGCAGCUCUUUGUGCACUUGGACUACUUGGAGGUGUUAUUGUAAGUGUGUGGUUCAUAGUCAAACUGCUCUUAAAGCCUACCUCAAAUACCUCUACAGAGUUAGAGGACACCAAGGAGACAUCAUUCUGUAAUAUAUCAGAUGACAGCAGUGUAAAUGACUCUAGGAAAGAGGUUUUGACUGAAAAGGGCUCAGUGUUUUACAGAAUCAGUGCUGAGAACUCUCUGCUAGAGAUCCAGCUGGAGAAGUUGCAGCCGUGGCUGCCUGUGUGCUACGAUCACUGGAACUCUUUAUUAGGCACCCUUGUGUGUCGACAGCUGGGUUAUCUGAGAUUAACCAAACACAAAGGUGUGAAUUUGACGGAUAUUGGCCAAAGCUACACUGAUGGAUUUGUCCAAAUUACCUCAGAUCAUCAAAGCAAACUGGAACAUUUAUGGCAAUUCAGGGGAAGCUGCAGCACAGGGAAAAUUAUAGCUCUGAAAUGUUUUGAUUGUGGCACCAGGGCAAAAGUACCCAGGAUUAUUGGUGGUGUAGAUGCUACACUAGGCAGAUGGCCAUGGCAAGUGAGUCUCUAUUACCACAAUCGUCCCACAUGUGGAGGAUCCAUUAUAACAAGAGAGUGGAUUAUUACAGCUGCUCACUGUGUAUCUACGCUGCAUCAGGAUUCCAGUUGGGUGGUCUAUGCUGGAAUUGUUUCUCGUAAUGCAGCUAAACUGGCUCAGUAUAUGGGUCACACUGUGGAAAAAAUUAUCUACAAUAAAAAUUACAAUCACAGGAGUCAUGACAGUGAUAUUGCACUGAUAAAGUUGAGGAAACCAUUGAAUUUUUCAGACACCAUCAGGCCAAUAUGCCUACCACAGUAUAGCCAUGAACUUCCAGGAGGGACUCUGUGUUGGAUUUCUGGUUGGGGAUACACACAACCUGACAAUGUAUAUUAUGCUUUGCACAGUUCAUAUUCUGACACACUGAAAGAAGCUCAGGUGCCCCUGAUAAGCACAAAAAAAUGCAAUAGCUCUUGUAUGUAUAAUGGAGAGAUCACACCACAGAUGCUCUGUGCCGGCCACACAGAGGGUAAUCUUGAUGCUUGUCAGGGAGACAGUGGAGGCCCACUGGCUUGCCAGGAUGAUAAUGUUUGGAGGUUGAUUGGAGUUGUUAGCUGGGGGACAGGCUGUGCAGAGCCUAAUCACCCUGGUGUAUACACAAAAGUGGCUGAGUUUUUAGGCUGGAUUUAUGACAUAAUAGAGACUUACUAAGAAACCGAGUGAAAUUUUAUUGUAAAAGAGCAUAAUCCCCCGACUUGCAUAUUCAAGAUAUUAUGGAAGGCUUUAAUCUUUGUAGUACAAUUACCAGUACAAUCUAAUAUCUAUUAAGAACAAGUAACAACGAAGCCGUCAGAGGUCCCCCUCCUCCAAAUUCGAAGCCACUUCUUUUGUCGUUUUUAUACAGUUGAUUUUUCUACAAAAAAUUUUGGACAAUUCUUUCGAUUUUCUCUGCUGGUUUUGACCUUGUUCUGUUAACCAUUUGAUUGUUAAGUGUGACUUGGUAGACUAUUUAUAUUGUAUAUUAAACACUAUUGUGUAUGCAAAACUUAAUCGUGCUAAAUUGUUUAAUUUUUUUAUUGUUUCAUUGUUUCAUUUACUUGUUUAUUUUAGCGGACCCCAUUGUACGCAUACCAACCACUUUGUUAGGAUAUUCUGCAUACAUUUACAUUCAUGUAGUUAAUUAAUUAGUCAAUUAUGUACCAAAACUUAAUAGUUUUAAAAAAGUGUUAAAAAAAUUAAACAUUUAGUAAGUGACUUAAGCGAUUAAGAUCUGUGUAUCAAAAUGCUUUGUUGGUAAAAUAGCCUUUUUAUAACUUUUUACAAUCUUUAAUUCUCCACAUUGGGUGAGUCUUAUUAUUUAUUAGAUAACUUUAUUCAGAUAACUUUUCACAAAGCUGGGGUCAGAGUGCAGGGUCAGUAAGUUAUGGCACCCCUGGAGCAGAUAGGUUUAAGCGCAUUGCUCAAGGGACCAACAAUGGCAGCUUGGACCCCUGACCUUAUAAUCAGUAGAUUAUUCCUAGAGUCAUAACUACUAAACAACCACUGCCCUGUGGUGCCCUAAGUCUAUGCCUAUGAUAGCCUCAGCUUCUUGUUCAGGUUUUAAACCUGAUGUGACCUUCUGCUGCUGUAUCUCAUCCACCUUAUAAUUUAAUGUGGGAUGAUCUUCUCUUCACCAUGGCUACCAGUCAGCACAAACCAGGUUAAUUCUCCUUUGAACUGAGUGUGUGCACAAUCAAUAUGGGGAAGCAAGGAGGCAGAUACUCUGUCUGACUGCCUAUAUUUACUGCAAUUCUUGGCUCUAACCAUCUCUAUUGCACAGACGCCAGCUAUAAUUCCAUCUGCUGCACAAAAUCAAUCAAGAUAAAAUUCAAUGCAAACAAAUUCAACCCCACAAUCAGACAUAUAACAGCUGACAUCUAAUAUUUAAAUAUAUUACUCAUUGAUAAUGAUUGUUUAGUCAUCAUAACCUGUAUGAUUGUCCAGUUCAUAUAUUUGUCUAGCCUUGAUAUUUCUUUAUCUUGCCUCCUAGUUGUUGUAGUUCAUGUUGUUUCACUGUAAACAAAUACUUGCAUACCUGCAUUUGCACAUGCCUCUCUCAUACCGGACAGAUAUAUUAAGGGAAACAAAUUAAAAAUUUAUAGAAAUACUAAUCCCAGAGUUAUUUUAUAACAUACAACAUUUUACAGUUGAUAACACAUAUCUCUUCAACAAUAUGGUGGGGGGAAAGUGGUAGCUCAGAGUUUAAGAUAUCAGACUAAUAAGAAGGUCUAAAAUUCAUAUCCCAACUCCACCAAGCUGCCACUGUACGGAUCUUGAGCAAGGACUUUAACCCUCAACUGCUUAGUUGUAUAAUUGAGAUAAAUAAGUCAAACUGGAUAAUGAUAUCUGCCAAAUCUUAUAAAUGUAAAUAUGCUACUUGGCAUAACAAUUUCCCACACAUCCAAAAGUCUUCAGAAGUUAACAAGGCAUUUAAUAUACACCCCUUCAAACAAAACUAGAUGCUGUCAUAGCGUAGGGACCCGGAAAAAAAAAAACACAGUGAUAAUUAAUACUUUUUUUAUUAUUAUUGUAAAGCACUUUGUAAACGGCUUGUUUUGAAAGGUCUUAUAUAAAUGAACCUUUUGAUUUGAUUAAUUGAUUGAUCCAUUUGUUUGUUUAUUCAAUUUGUACUGUCAAUAUCUGCCAUACGCAUCCAUCCCUGUCUAGAUUCAUGUAUAUACAUAUAUUUUCUAUAGUUUAUA